GGCGGGGCGAAGAGCUCGAAUCCCUGCGAGACGGGCGAGGAUCGGCUGACGCUCCGGCCGCCUGCCGGGGCUGCGAUUCCCUGCCCACCGCCAGGGAUUCCAGCAUGGACUCUGUGCUCCUGACCCGAGGGCCUCCCAUGUCCAUCAAGUCUAAACAGCUGUGUUUCUGCUUGGCACAGGAAGACACCCUACAGCAUGAAGAAGCCAUACUUUUGGAACUUCUGCACCAGUUCCUCUGUAAACUGGUGUAUAGCCUUCCAAUUUCCCUCUACGUUGUGUGACCUGAAAACAAAGGAGACAGAGGGAAUUUCUGUGGAAAUGAGUGCCUGCAAUGAGAUUUCCUGACAAGAAGUUGAUACAAGAGAAGGAAAGGAGAUCAACAGUAGCAAACUGGUUUCAGAUAACCAGGAUUUUGUACUUAUCUCCUCCAACUACAGACGUCAUUGCCUACUUUUAAGUCAGAGAUAACUACAGUCAGAACCCAGACAAGGCGAAAGGAUACAUUUCUUCUGCAUUUUUUGAGAUUAGAGAAACUGCAAUGUCUAGGAAACAAAACCAGAAGGAUUCAUCAGGAUUUAUUUUUGAUUUACAGUCCAAUACGGUACUGGCCCAGGGAGGAGCUUUUGAGAACAUGAAAGAGAAGAUAAAUGCAGUGCGUGCAGUAGUUCCCAAUAAGAGCAACAAUGAAAUCAUCCUGGUUUUGCAGCACUUUGAUAAUUCUGUGGACAAAACAGUACAGGCAUUUAUGGAAGGUAGUGCCAGUGAAGUACUCAAAGAAUGGACAGUAACAGGCAAGAAAAAGAACAAAAAGAAGAAAAGCAAACCAAAACCUGCAGCAGAAGCAAGUAACAGUAUCCCAGAUUCCAGUAAAUCAGUUUCCAUUCAAGAGGAGCAGUCUACACCUUCCUCAGAGAAAGGUGGUGUUAAUGGUUACCAUGUCAACAGUGCCAUCAAUGAUACUGAGUCCGUGGACUCACUCAGUGAAGGUAUGGAGGUACUUUCAAUAGAUGCCAGAGAAUUGGAGGAUCCUGAGUCUGCCAUGCCAGAUACACUGGAUAGAACAGGAUCCAUGCUGGGGAACAGUGUCUCUGAUUUUGAGUCCAAGCCUUUGACUAUGCACUCUACUCAGAAUUCUCAACAAAAUAGGAAUGCUGCUAAGUCUCUCUCAAGAUCAACUGCAGGACCUCAGUUUUUGAAUCUGGGGAUAGAAAAUGUUCCACUCUCCACCAACAAAAAGCUAGGUUCCAACAUUGAAAAAUCUGUGAAAGACCUCCAGCGCUGCACAGUGUCUCUUGCCCGGUAUCGUGUUGUAGUUAAAGAAGAGAUGGAUGCUUCCAUUAAGAAAAUGAAACAAGCAUUUGCUGAAUUGCAGAGUUGUUUAAUGGAUCGAGAAGUGGCAUUGCUUGCUGAAAUGGACAAAGUGAAAGCCGAAGCAAUGGAAAUUUUGCUCAGCCGGCAAAAGAAAGCUGAACUUCUAAAGAAGAUGACUGAUGUGGCUGUUCGAAUGUCAGAGGAGCAAUUGGUUGAACUCAGAGCUGAUAUCAAGCACUUUGUUAGUGAACGUAAAUAUGAUGAGGAUCUGGGACGAGUAGCCAGGUUCACCUGUGACGUAGAGACCCUAAAGAAGAACAUUGAUUCAUUUGGACAAGUGUCCCAUCCAAAGAAUAGCUAUUCCACCAGAUCCCGAUGUAGCUCAGUUACAUCUGUGUCCUUGAGUAGCCUGGGCGAUGCCUCUGCUGCUUCCUCUUCCACCUGUGCGUCCGCUCCCAGCCUUACCAGUGCUAACGAGAGACACUCGGGACCAGGACAGACUCCUGCAGCCAGAGCAAACCCCAGUGGCCGGCCCUGCCAGCCUCAACGAGAGGUAUUGCCGGGGAACAGACGAGGAGGACAAAAGUCCAGUGACUCCACGAACCAAGGGCGACAUGACAAUGGGGGUCGUUACAGAAACAGCUCCUGGUAUCCAUCUGGUUCCAGGUAUCAGAGUGCUCCAUCCCAGACAUCAGGAAACACUAGUGAGCGAGGCCAGGCUCGCUCUGCAGGGACCAGUGGAACUGGAGCCAGCGCAGAGCCCAGCCCACCCAAACCCUCAUUCAAAAAAGGGCUCCCCCGGCGCAAACCCAGGACCGCUCAGCAUGAAGCCGUGAACUCUUGAGGGAAAUUCAGUUGGCCUCUCUCCUCUCUCUCACACAAUUCAACUUGGUAACUGGACUUUAGGAAACGUAUAGUGAGAUUUAAUAACAAACAGGUAUACGCAUAUCACUUUUUAUGCCAUUCUAAAUAUUUUUGGUCUCUUCUCUCCUCAUUUUCUUUUUACCAUUUUUGGAAGGGACGUCGUUUCUCCUUUGACCUUUCCCAAAGACUGAUUGAAGUGACCUUGAAUAGAUUGAUUCUGAUUGGUCAUUUCCGUAGGAAUCACAGGCAAGUGUUGCCAGGUCUCAGAGGGAAAGCAGUGUCCCUCCCAGUGCACAGGCCUCUCAGUCGCCUGGAGAGGCCUUCCUCAGCAGCACCCUGCUGUUCCGGUUCUCAGGAGAUGCGUCAGAGCUAGUCUUGUUGCUCUUCCAGUCUAAGCAGAAGCCCCACAUGCCUGUCAGGAUCCCUCUAAACAGCGGUGUAACCAGGAGAGGCAGUGAGGGGAGUGUGUCCUACACUGAAUUAGCCAGAGAAGGGGAUACUUAAUUGAUGAGAGGGGAAGACACUAGGAAACAUUGAGAAUAGGCCUCUGCUCCCAGAACAUUCCUAAGAUUGAUGCUCAGAUCAGUGUUUCAGUCUCCUACUUGGCACCAUAGCCUAACCUGCAGUUUCUCCAAAAUUCCCAAAGUUGUCUUUCCUAUUAGGUCAGGCUACAAAUCAAUCCAGGGAAGUCAAUGGGAAAGUAGCAUUUAAUUAAAGUGAAAAAAGGAAAAAAAAGUAUUUCUUUGUUUCAGUGUUUAAAGAUUUUGUUGUUAUUGUUCUCCCUCUUUCCUGAGUCCUAUUCUGAUCCUGAACCAAAUUUAUAGCAAUACAAUUAGUGUUAAUCUAAGAUGUUACCUAUCAAAAAAUUGCCACAGUCAGUCUUUAUAUUUGAAUAAAUAAAAUCAACUGCAUAAACAUUCCCACAUUUGUUUCACAGCAGCAAAUGACUUCAUUUCAUUAUCUCAUCUUCUCUGGGCCUCACUGGGUAGAAGUCACUACUGACACCUUGUUUGCGGCUUAAAAUGAGGGUGUCUGAUUCCUAAAUCAUUUGUCCACCAUGUAGCUCCAGAAUCAAAUUAAAAUGUGUGAGCCAGGAUGAGCAAGUGCAGCUAUUCCUUGUGGGAAUGGAUUUGUAGGACAGGGAAUGGUGACUUCCCAGAGGAGAGCCUACCAGUGUAGAAAAACCACAGCUGCCAACAGUACCUCCAGGCAGCCAAGGUUCUGUGAACACCCCUCUCCUCCAAGCCUGCCUCUUGGCAGGAGCAGGGAAGGUAACAGGACGAUGGAGCUCCUGCAUGGAGCAGGUGGCAUUGGUGCCAAACCCCUCCACCCACACCUGUCACAGCACCUGUGGUUUAACAACAGUAGAGCCUUUUCUUUCUCCAGCAUUUGUUCUCCCAAGUCUGCAGCCCAGACUGUAAGUGGCAGUGGUGCAGAACUUAGCUGCCUCAGGCCUUCCCCUGGCUCUUGGCUGAAGCCGAGCUGUCAGUGUUCAGGUUGGUUGAACAGACUGAGAGACAGAGAAAGAGAGAAUGCGUGUGCAUGUGCGUGUGUGUGUGUGUGUGUGUGUGUGUGUGUGUUUCAGUAGUCAAGGAGUACUGGGAGGCGAGGCCAUUUUCUAUGGGGCUAAUACCUCAUUUUGGAAAUAUGUCAAACAACAUCAUCAGCCUUCCUGGUGUCAGGAAAAUGCCCUGCUUUUCUGAGUAAUUGCUUACCUAUACUUUGCAGGAAAUCCAGAGAUUGAAGUGACCUUGAAGGAUUAUAAGGUCUAUAUCCCCAUAUCCAGGCAAGACUGCAUUUAACCACUUAGACAGAUGGGAGGCCGCAUGUUUGUCAAAACCACUUCAAAGUUGAAAUUAAAAUCUCCUUAUAGGAAAAUA